UGCUAAAGCCUUUCACGGAUGAAUUAACGAUUUCCAUAAAUGCCAUGCAUGAAUUAAUGCAGCUCCGCAGAAGAGUUUUUGUUUCUUUCCUUAGAAAUGUUGCCAGUUCUAGAAACCCAGAGACCGGGAAGCGCUGUUGACACUUCAGGUUGCCAUCUUCUCCACGCAGUUCUUGGCACCACCGUGAUUCCUUCCUGCAUCCCAGGAGAGUCCGAAGAUAAUUGUACAGCUUUAGUUCAGACAGAGGACAAUCCACGUGUGGCUCAAGUGUCAAUAACGAAGUGUGGCUCUGACAUGAACGGCUACUGUUUGCACGGACAGUGCAUCUACCUGGUGGACAUGAGUGAAAAUUACUGCAGGUGUGAAGUGGGUUACACUGGGGUCCGAUGCGAGCACUUCUUUUUAACCGUCCAACAGCCCUUGAGCAAAGAAUAUGUCGCUUUGACUGUGAUUCUCAUUAUCUUGUUUCUCAUCAUUGUCGCCGGUUCCAUAUACUACUUCUGCAGAUGGUACAGAAAUCAAAAAAGUAAAGAAUCCAAGAAGGAGUACGAAAGGGUGACGUCAGGGGAUCCGGCAUUGCCCCAAGUCUGAACGGCGCUGCCAAGCUACGGGCAGGGAUGUGCAGCGUGCUGGUUAUGUUAAUAUUCCUAUUUUAUUAAUAAUAUUUAUGUUGGAUCACACAUUAUGUCAACAAUGAUGUAUUUUUAAUAUACUUGCAAAAGUUUUUUAUUUUUGUUUUAUUUUUGACAAGACUAUUUGCUAAUGUAUAAUGUAUACAAAAUAUAUAAUAUAAAAAGAA